AUGCGAGACGCGAGUCGCCUGCUGCUGCUGCUCGGCGUGCUCGCCCGGCUGGACAGUGUCACCCUGCGGUCCGGCGCACACGGCGAGGCGCUGUUCCGCGCGCUCAACUCCAGCUUUGCGCCCGACCUGCAGACGCGCUCCGUGUUCGCGCUGGUGGCGGUGAAGGGCGGUGCCGUCCUCGGCGAGGGGUACGUGCCGAACCUGCUCGCCCUGGCGGCCGGCGAGCCGCCGGGCCCGACCCUGCGUCUAGCCGUCACAGUACCCGCCAGCGAGCGGGCCGACUGCGCGCGGACCUCCGACGCCGCCGACCUCCGCCGACGAGAAUUCUGCCAGCGGUACGACGGCUACGGCGCCCUGUGCGACUGUGACGCGCCGUCGCUGCCGGCGCCGCCCCGCCCUUUUGCCGACAGCACGCGCUUCCCGUACCCGGUGGUCGUACUCGCCAGUGACCGACCGCGCUACCUGUACCGCUGCCUCGCCUCGUUGCUGCCGAACCGCGGCCUCGACCCGGCCAAGUUGGUGGUCUUCAGCGAUGGCGAGCGCCGGGAGGUGCAGGAGCUGCUGCGGCUGCUCAACGUUACGUCGCACACGCACUUCGCCGAGCCGGCGGGGGCCGCCCUGCGCGGUGCCGCCUCCCGCAUCGGCUCCGCCUACCGCUACACGAUCCGGAAGGCGUUCGAGCUGUUUCCGACGGCUGACAAACUCGUGCUGCUUGAGGAGGACCUAGAGGUGUCGCCCGACUUCGUCAGCUUCUUCCAGCAGACGCACCACCUGCUGGACGAGGACGUCAGUCUGUACUGCAUCUCCGCCUGGAACGACCACGGCUACCGGCACACGGUGGGUGACGCGGCGCUGCUCUACCGCGUCGGCUUCAUGCCCGGCCUCGGCUGGAUGCUGACCCGCAGCCUCUUCUUCGACGAGCUGCUGCCGAGCUGGCCGGCGCCCGGCGCCGACUUCGACUGGGACGUGCUGGUGCGGCACGCCGACCGCCGGAAGGGACGCGAUUGUGUUGUCCCCGACGUGCCGCGCACCUACCACUUCGGCUUCCAGGGCGGCCACGUCGGCUCGGCCAUGCAGUAUAAGUACUACUGGGACCACGCGCUGAACCGGCAGCCGGACGUGAGGCUGAAGGACGUGGAGCGGAUGGUGCUGCCCCGCUACACGGCGCAGCUGAUGGAGCUGCUGCGCUCUGCCACCAAGCUGGACGGCUCGCAGUCACGCCUCACCUGCGGGGACAUGAUCCCGUCCAACGCCACCAACCAGACGUACGUGCUGUUCGUGCGGAUGACCAGCGCCGCCGACACGGCCGGCUGGGAGAAGGUAGCCACCUGCCUCAACCUGUGGGACCUGGACGUGCGCGGUGACCACCACGGCGUCUGGCGCUUCUUCUACAACUGGCCACCACGUGCUGGUGAUGGGCGUGCCGUUCUCGGCGCUGGCCGGCUACGCUCUGAACCACGGCCCCGGCCGGAUGCUGUUGUUCACGGGGCGGCGCUCGGACUGGGCGACGAAGGCCUCGACUCCGGCCAGCUGGGUGACGACGAUGAUGAGGAGGAGGACGACGAAGAGGAGGACGACGAGCGGCUGCAGGACAUCACCUCCGCCUAG